GCUGGUGCUGGCGUCAGACGGGGGGAUGGCCUGGCUCCGCGCCACCCGGCUGGGCUUGUUUACUAUGGCUGAUGAGCUGGAGCAGCAGCCUCAAGGCUGGCUGAGCAGCUGGCUGCCCGCUUGGCGCCCCACAUCUAUGUCACAGCUGAAGAAUGUGGAAGCCAGGAUCCUCCGGUGUCUCCAGAACAAGUAUGUGGGCCGCUAUGUGUCCCUCCCAAACCAGAACAAGAUCUGGACAGUGACAGUGAGCCCCGAGCUAAAGGACCGCACCCCCCUGGUGAUGGUGCAUGGAUUUGGGGGUGGUGUGGGCCUCUGGAUCCUCAACAUGGAUUCCCUGAGCACCCGUCGCACACUGCACACCUUUGAUCUGCUUGGCUUCGGGCGAAGCUCAAGGCCAUCCUUCCCGAGGGACCCAGAAGGGGCUGAGGAUGAGUUUGUGACCUCAAUAGAGACAUGGCGAGAGACCAUGGGGAUCCCCAACAUGAUCCUCCUGGGACAUAGUCUAGGUGGAUUCCUGGCCACUUCUUACUCUAUCAAGUUCCCUGAAAGAGUUAAACACCUCAUCCUGGUGGACCCGUGGGGCUUUCCCCUCCGAUCGACUGACCCCAGUGAGAUCCGGGCACCCCCAACCUGGGUCAAAGCCGUGGCCUCUGUCCUAGGACGGUCCAGUCCAUUGGCUGUUCUUCGAGUAGCUGGACCUUGGGGACCUGGCCUGGUCCAGAGAUUCCGGCCGGACUUUAAGCAGAAGUUUGCAGAUGUUUUUGAGGAUGACACCAUAUCAGAAUAUAUCUACCACUGCAAUGCACAGAAUCCCAGUGGUGAGACAGCCUUCACAUCAAUGAUGGAAUCCUUUGGCUGGGCCCGGCGCCCCAUGCUGGAGCGAAUUCACUUGAUCCGAAAAGAUGUGCCCAUCACCAUGAUCUAUGGGGCUAACACCUGGAUAGAUACAAGCACAGGCCAAAAAGUGAAGAUGCGGCGGCCGGAUUCCUAUGUCCGAAACAUGGAGAUUGAAGAUGCCUCACACCACGUCUAUGCUGACCAGCCGCACAUCUUCAAUGCUGUGGUCGAAGAGAUCUGUGACUCAGUUGAUUGA